AUGAGAUCAUCAAAGCCACGCCAUCUCCUUUGGUUUGGCUUCAAGAUAGUGAUUGCCCUCUUUUUCUUGUCAUACUGUCUUUUUGCUUCUCUGAAGCUUCACUCUCAUGUCAAGCUUCCUUCCCUACAUCCUCCUGCUUUUCAUGCAUCUCCCUCUUUAAGGUAUCAUCAUUUUGAAGGCACACCGAAAAUCGCUUUUCUCUUUCUUGCUCGGCGUGACCUCCCCCUUGAUUUUCUGUGGGAUUCCUUCUUCAAGAAUGUUGAUGCGGCGAAAUUCUCUAUUUAUAUUCAUUCCACACCUGGUUUUGUCUUCAAUGAAACAACAACAAGGUCUGCAUUUUUUUAUGGUCAGCAACUAAACUAUAGUAUUCAGGUGAUAUGGGGAGAAUCGAGUAUGAUAGAAGCAGAGAAGCUAUUACUUUUAGCAGCUCUCCAAGAUCCUGCCAAUCAAAGAUUUGUUCUCCUUUCAGACAGCUGUGUUCCUUUGUACAACUUCAGCUAUUUAUAUAGCUAUUUAAUGUCUUCUUCAAAAAGCUUUGUCGAUAGCACCAAGAAGAGGAGCAGGUUUCAUGAGGCCACGGAGAUCUUUUACACAGACUGGACAUUUCCCUGA